AGAAGCAUUGGAAAAUGAUAAGGACAGGUAGGAAUACAGCGGCUAUAUCCCUGCUCAAACAAUUGCAUCAAAAUGUGUCAACAUGGUCUACUCCGCUGGCCACUGCAUUCAAUUCCCCACCAUAUAAAAAAAUUAACUUUACGCGAAAUGAGUCGGGGCUAUUUUGUUUACCAGAAUUACGUUCAUUUGAGGGAUUCUACCUUAUGCGCGACAAUGUAGCAAAUAAAACAGACGAGUUAAUAACUGAAGCUACAUCACCUAAUCGCCAACGAAAGAUGGUGGAAAUUUUUGAUGAACUGUCAGACUCGCUAUGUAAAGUGGCUGAUUUAGCCGAAUUUAUACGAAUUGCUCAUCCUAAAAAUAAAUUUAACCAGGCCGCAGAGGACGCCUGUAUUACUAUAAGUGGAAUUGUAGAAAGUCUAAAUACGCACAAACCUCUUUAUACGGCGUUACGCAAUGUUGUAGAGAAUGACGAUUUUGUUCCAACUACUGAAGUAGACAAACAUGUUUCCAAACUAUUCUUGUUCGAUUUUGAGCAGUCAGGCAUUCAUUUACCAGAAAAGGAGCGACAAAAAGUGGUUCGGCUAAACGAUUAUAUUUUGCAAUUGGGACAAAAAUUCAUGGCCGGUGCGGUACAGCCUACAACUGUCCGUCGGAGUGAUGUUCCACUUUCAGUUCGGAGCUACUUUCCCUCGGAGGGUGAAAACGUGCUAAUUUCCGGUUUAUAUACGAACUCGUCUAAUGCACUUGCACGUGAAACGGCUUACCGUCUAUUCCUGCAACCAUCUCAACAGCAGGAUCAAUUGCUUUCAGAUUUACUCUUAUGCCGUCAUGAAUUAGCUCGCACUUGUGGCUUUGAAACGUAUGCACAUCGAGCACUCAAUGCCAGUACUGUGGAACAUCCGCAGAUGGUUCGAGAGUUUCUAGAUGAAUUAUCUCACGGCCUUCGCCCUCGUGCUGAUGCUGAUUUUAGAAUUAUGGAAGAAAUGAAGCGUAAAGAAAGCGGAUUAACUGAAGCUCGUCUCGCCUCUUGGGACCCUCCAUAUUUCACUUCUCAAAUGGAACGUAAAUCUUUAAAUUCAAAUACUAGUGAAUUCUUGCCGUACUUUAGUUUGGGUGGUUGUAUGGAAGGACUUGAUAAUAUAAUGCGCUCAUUGUAUGGAAUAUCAUUGAAAAACACCGAAAUGGAGCCGGGUGAAGCCUGGAAUAAUGACAUCUAUAAAAUAUCGGUUGUACACGAAACCGAGGGUUUACUUGGUUACAUUUACUGUGAUUUUUUCGAACGUAAUGGCAAACCAAAUCAAGACUGCCACUUUACAAUACAAGGUGGUAAAAGACUUUCCGAUGGUAAUUAUCAGUUGCCAAUCGUCGUUGUGAUGCUAAAUCUAUCUCAGCCACACUGGACUGGGCCAGUACUCCUGUCUCCUUCGCGAGUUGACAAUCUUUUUCAUGAAAUGGGGCAUGCUAUGCACUCGAUGUUGGCACGCACAGAAUAUCAACAUGUAACGGGUACUCGAUGUAGUACAGAUUUUGCGGAAGUUCCCUCCGUAUUGAUGGAAUAUUUCGCAAGCGAUCCACGUGUACUUCGUACGUUUGCCCGUCACUUCCAGACACAGGAACCAAUUUCUGAAGACAUGCUUCUAAGAUUAUGUGCCUCGAAGAAACUGUUCUCAGCCAGUGAAACCCAGCUUCAGGUUUUCUAUUCUGCUUUGGAUCAUGUCUACCACAGUGGACCGGCACCACAAAAUAAAAGCACAACAGAGACUUUGAUUGAAGUGCAAUCAAAAUACUACAGCUUACCACAUGUAGAAAAUACGGCUUGGCAGCAGCGUUUCUCACAUUUGGUCGGUUAUGGAGCAAAGUACUAUUCAUAUUUGAUAUCGAAAACUAUUGCAUCGUGGAUUUGGCAAACGUACUUUGAAGAAAAUCCAUUCAAUCGAGAGUCUGGCGAAAAGUAUCGUCAAGAAAUAUUGGCACACGGCGGAGGAGUACCCUCUAGACAACUGGUUACUAACUUUUUGAAGAGAGAUAUGACUCCACAAAUUCUUGCACAAAGUCUACUACACGAGAUCGACAUGAAUAAUGAUAAAGUCCAAGACAUUAGUAAAAGUGUAUUAAAUGUGAUGCUGUGAUACCGUAGUGUUGCUUAAAUUGUGUACAUUAAUCAUCCAAAAUGUACUAUUUAAUUAGCAGAAUGUGACGUUUUAAUCAAACAUUAAAGUCUACAAGUAUGGUUUUUAAA